AUGAAGAUUAAAGAUAUUGCGAGUUCAGUUGGAUAUUUGUAUCGAAGUGGAGUGCAAUUACCUGAAAUAGGUGUCAAGAGGCCGACUGUGAUUGAAGAGGCAACGUCUCUUGCAGAAGAAGAAACUGUUGAACUAGAUAAACAACCAAAGGAAUCAACUCCAGAGGAAAAUUCAGAAAAGUCACGGGAUAAAGUCAAAGUUACAGUCAACUCAUACGAGCCUCCAAUUCCUUUUCCAUGGCGAUUGAAGAAGCAUAAAAUGGAGCAGCAGUACAAGAAGUUUCUAGAAGACUUCAAAAAGCUCCAUAUCAACAUCCCACAAGCCCAUGCACUCUUCCAGAUGUCUAGCCAUGUGAAGUUUCUCAAGGAUAUUCUGUCAAAUAAACGCAAGCUAGAGGACCAUAAGACACUAAUGUUUACAGAGGAAUGCAGUGCCAAAAUCCAGAAAAAGCUCCCACCAAAAUUGAAAGAUCCAGGGAGUUUUAUUGUUCAUUGCACUAUUGGGAACUUGGCUUGGGAGAGGCUAAAGCGACUACUGUUACACUUCAGCUGGCUGACACAUCUCGAAGUAAUAAUUGAAGAUGUGCUUAUCAAGGUUGAAAAGUUUAUAUUCCCUGCAGAUUUCCUCAUAUUGGACGUAGAAGAAGACAAGGAUGUCCCUUUGAUACUCGACAUACCAAUCUUGGCUUCAGGGAGAGCUUUUAUAGAUGUUCAAAGAGGGUCGUUGAUCUUAAGAUUGGGAGAGGAGCAGAUAGCAUUCAAUGUCUUCAAGGCCAUGAAACUUCCAACAGAAUCAGAUAGCUGUUUCCAAGUUGAUAUCAUUGACAAAGCAGUAGAAGAGACAUUCUUGCUUCACGGCCUACCCGAUGCCUAUGAGGCAUGUAUUGCACAGUCCCAAUCAACCUAG